UACAUCUAGCAUUGUAGCAGGUAGGGAGAGAUAUUAAGCUGAUCCCCGCCAGCCACUGGGGGAAAGGAAUGUUGUAUGGGGACAGAGCAGCAAGCCCAAUGACUGUAGUGCAUUCACUGUGGAUUUACUACUGAAAGGUUAGGAGAUCUCCAUCUAACAGAGGACUUCAUAUUGUUUUGAGCCAUGGCCGAGGAGGACACAGAUGAUAUAGACUUCCUGCACCAGCUGAUAGUCCCUGAACCAGUCCAGCUACCGUCUUCCCCUGUCAGUACGCCACUGCCACAGCCUGUACUCAGGGAGUGUGUAGACAUACUACCAGGGGGUGUGCAGCAAGAAGAGCUGGUGUCUGAGUAUGAGGGGUAUAGUGAUGGUUUACCAGAAUCUUAUGCUGAUUUUUGGGAGGGGGAUUCUAAGGAUGUGCCCCCUUACAUCCCUUUCUCUUCGAUUGCAAUCCCCACACAGCCUCCCAUGGUGUAUGUCCCAGGGCAGAGGGUGACAGUAAUCAUCACCAACUCUGAACACAUUCCCAGGGGAAAUAUCCUCAGCCCUUACCUGUACACCCUAAAGGUCACACAUGCCAAUCAUGAAUGGGAGAUAAAAAGAAGAUACCAGGACUUUCAGAAACUUCACAGCAGGUUGCAGCUCUUCAAAGCUAGGCUCAAACUGCCCAAGGCAAAUAAUGGGAAUACAGGGCGUGGCCCCACUGUUGUCCCAGAACUCCCAAGUUUCCCCCACAAACCUGAUGCCUUCAUGAACAGUGAGCAAAGCAAGGCCAGAAUGGAAGAAUUAGAAAAUUAUCUAUUUAAUAUCCUGAAACAUUCUGCAUAUAGGAACCAUAAGGCUUUGUUGAGGUUUCUGGAAGUGAGUCGGAUGUCAUUCGUAGCAUGCAGUGGCUCCACCAAGAGGAAGGAAGGGACGGUGGCUAAGAAGGCUGCUGGUCUGUCACAGGGGUUGUUUGGAUCCCAACACUGGGGAGAGAGGUGGUUCAUAGUGAAAGACAGUUAUAUAACGUACCUAAGGAAAGAUGGUAGUGUUGGAGGGGUGAUGCUAAUGGACCGUGGGUUUCACAUCACGCGAGAGGACAACAGCUCUCUUGCCCUGCAUGGCCUUAAGAUUAUCAAUCUCUCCAGACAGAUGUUGGUAAACUGUGGCACUGGACGCCAGGCUGACCAGUGGGAGGCCAGCAUUACUGCUGCUGCUGAGAGCACAGGCAGAGAAUUUAUCAUGAUGAAUAGAUUUGACUCUUUUGCUCCAGUGAGAGAGGGGUAUGCACAAUGGCUGGUAGAUGGCGCUGCCUACAUGAGAUGUGUGUCCACAGCAUUAGACCUGGCCAAGGAGGAGAUCUUCAUCUGCAGCUGGUGGUUGAGCCCUGAAGUGUUUCUAAGACGUCCAAUAAUGACCCUGGAUGACCCACACAGACUGGACCAUGUGCUCCUCAGGAAAGCUGAAGAAGGAGUGAGGGUGUACAUUCUGCUAUACAAGGAAGAUGAACAGUUCUGCUCUGGUAUCAACAGCUUUUAUGUCAAACAGAGUUUACUCCGGACACAAACAGACAAUAUAAAGAUCCUGAGAGUGAGUGACCAGGACAGUUAUCUGUGGACCCACCAUGAAAAGUUGGUGGUAGUUGACCAGAGGAUAGCCUUCCUGGGAGGGAUGGACCUCUGCUUUGGACGCUGGGAUGACAAGUUGCACAGGCUGACAGACCCUGGUAGCACAGUUCUGGCCAGAGCACUAAACUCCCCCUCCAGGUUUAUGGCAGACAGUGGAGCCAUGGACCUCAUAGAGGUACUGAAGAACAAAGAGAAUGAAGGGGACAAGAAAAUGGAGGGAGAGGGGACACAGGGUGACAAAGUGGAUGUACAAAUGGAACAUACUGGAGUUGAAGAGGAAGAACAGGAAAGGCAUGGAGAUGUCGACUCCUCAGAUUCUGGCAAUGCUUCCCCAGAUUCUAAUAAAAGGAGUGAUAAUGAAGCCAGCCAACAAAGUUACAGCAGAAAUGAAAAUGAGCAAGAAAAUGGAAGUAGCUCAAGUCAGCAAAAUGACAGUGAGGUUAAUGAUGAUAAAGAUUCAGAAGAAACCCCAAAUAGUUCACAAACAAACAACAGAAAUGACCAAGAACCCUCAAACGAUGCAGGAAACGGAGUAUCCAAACAAUCAGAUGAGAAAAAUAAAAAAUGUAAGUUAAGUAAAGACAAAACAGAUGCAGCUAAACAAACUGAAAAUGGUAAACCCAAGAAGUCAGCCAGCAGCAAACAUAGUUGUACGAACUCAACCGCUGAAAGUGAUCACCAACAGCUCCCUCUGGUGGAGGAGUUGCCAAACAUGAAGUUGACGAUGCUGGGGCUGUCAGCAGAUGGAAUCUUACAUAACAAGGCAGCUAAACAGAACACAGACAGUAAAGUAUCAGAUAAGAACAAGCUUCUGUACCAGGAUCUGAAGGAUGAAGACAGUGAGCUGAGAGAGUCUGUCUCACAGGGAAAGAGAUACAGCGCAGGCUACGAUACCAAUUGUCCCAGCUACGAGAUUACAGGGAAAUGCUGGGUGGGGAAAGAUUAUGCCAAUUUUGUCAUUAAAGACUGGACAGAAUUAGAGCAACCAUUCAUAGACACAGUAGACCGCCUGACAGUCCCCCGCAUCCCAUGGCAUGAUGUUGGCUGUGUGGUGUAUGGGAAAGCAGCAAGAGACACAGCCAGGCAUUUUAUACAGAGGUGGAAUCAUGCAAAGUAUCUCAGAUGCAAACAGAACCCUGUCUACCCCUAUUUGGUCCCUAAAUCAUAUGACUGGGUGCCCAUACCUGAGCAACUAAAAGCUACAUCUCUGUCCUGCAAAUGUCAGGUUCUCCGUAGCGCCAGUCGUUGGUCCAGUGGAAUGGAGAUGACAGAGAGCUCCAUACAGAAUGCCUACAUCCAUGCCAUCAGGACUGCCAAGCACUAUAUAUACAUUGAAAGUCAGUAUUUGAUCAGUCGCUGUGGUGACAAGUCAGAGGUGUCAAAUGGGAUAUGUGACGCCCUCUAUGGGAGGAUUAUGGAAGCACACAGAAAUCAAGAGUCAUUCCGUGUGUACAUCCUGCUCCCCCUGGUGCCAGGAUUUGAGGGAGAAUACACUGCAGAUGUCCCCACUGGCAACCAAAUAAUGAGCUACUGGCUGUACACCUCUGUGUGCAGGGGAGAGAAGUCUCUCCUGGGGAAACUUCAGCAGGAUGUUGAGGACCCUUCGAAGUAUCUCUCUGUAUGCAGCCUGAGAUCUCACAGUGAGCUUGGAGGAAAGCUGAUAACAGAGAUCAUCUAUAUCAACAGCAAACUUCUUAUAGUGGAUGAUACGACAGUUAUCAUUGGCUCAGCUAACAUAAAUGACAGGAGCAUGCUGGGAGAUCUGGACAGUGAGGUGUCCAUGAUAUUUGAGGACACAGAGACUGUGGAGUCUAGAAUGGAUGGAGAAGUCUUCCAGGCUGGCAAGUUUGCCCAAAGUUUACGCAUCAACCUGUUCAGGGAGCACCUUGGUUAUGUAGAGGAUGACAACAGUAAGCUUCUGGAUCCUGUGAUCGAUUCUUUCUACAGAGGAACCUGGAUAAAACAGGCAUCACUGAAUACUGCCACAUAUGAAAGGGUAUUCAAAUGCCUCCCCAGUGACCAGGUCCAGAGUUACGCUGAACUAGAGCAAUACUGUGCCAAGAAUCCCAUGAGUGAAAGCAGUCCCAGUCUAGCCAGGGGGCUGCUCAAGAAGGUCAAAGGUCACCUGGUCUGCUGGCCAAUGGGCUUCCUACAGGAAGAGAUGCUGCUGCCAUCUUUAGAUUCAAAAGAAGCUGCAUUGCCUUCUGUCAUGUGGACUUAG